UGGGGUUACAUGGGGUCGGCACCGGCGGAGGUGGUUGGGGGGAGGCAGGCGGCGGGGACGUGCCGGGCAGAGCGGAGGUCCGGGCCACCGGGGUCCUGCGUCGGGGCGUGACGGCCAUCCCGGAAGGCGGAGCCCAGUUACAAGAUUUAUUAGAAGAUACAGCCCUUCAGCUUCUGGCUUCUUUGAAAGAAUGAAAUGCUCUGGAUGUGCAUAAGCUGACAUUUUAGUACUUCGACUUCAUUAGUUUGGAGAGGAGCUGAAGAUGACCUCUAGUUAUCAAAAUGCCUAUCUGAACUGGAAAGAGUUUUCAUCUGCAGUUUUGGUGGAAAACUGUUUCUUUUCCUCUCAUUAAUGUUGUAUCUGCAAGGGAGUCAUGUUGACCUUCACCUCAGGAACACUCUGACACUGGGCUGACAAGAGGACGCUUGUGAUCCUCAAUUGGAUGCUGACCUAGUAGAACAGAACUGGCACACCAAGUGCCUUGUUCAGUGAUCUCUCUGAGAAAAUAGCCCCCAGUGGUUCUGAGGGGCUUUAAGACAAGAAGAAACUGAUCCUUAUCUCGGGAUAUCUUCUAAGUUAGAGACCCUGGACAUAGGGUCUGUGUAACUGGAAAAGAGAAAAUCCCUGGUGGACCUAUGGGAGUGACUCUCGGACAUCAUUGGAAGAGCUUCCACCAAGCUGGCCUUCAGUAUGGGGCAGAAGUGAAUGUUUCUCCAUGUUUGAGUCUGGCCCCAGCUCUCUGAAGAAGAGGUGCACUGGGCCUGUUGGAACUCAGUCACAUCUGAGGGUCGGACUCUAGCGAAAGCAAGUCAUAGAACUCACCCAGACCCAGUGGAUGGAGGAAUCAACUUACUGCCUGCCUCUUAAUGCAAGAUCUACCAUGUCACAUUGAAAGAGCAAGAACAGAGGGAGAAAACUUUGUGCUCAUUUUCACGGUCUACUGAAUUAUCCUGUCUCUUCCUUGCAAGCUUUUCUGGCUGCAGGCUUUUGCUGUUCCAACCAAUCCUGCUUCCUGCUGUCACAUUCAUUUUCCUUAAAUACUUUUCAUAUUACAUCCCUGUUCAAAAACACCUAGAGUCUUCCUUUUUUCCCCACCUUGCCAGCUAUAAACUCUUCUGCCUAGCGUCAGAGGUCUCCUUAAACUAGCCUGACUCUAAAAGCAGAGCAUAUAGUACCGGGAGAAAACAACCAGCAGCAAUCAAGGGAGGCUUGGGCACUAGGUCCCGCUUGGUCAGACUAGCUUUUAACUUCUCUGGGCUUCCUAUUCUCCAUCUAUAAAAUGAGGGAGUUUGGAUUAAAUCUGAAAGGUAUUUUUCAGAAUCAAGAUUCAGGCUGAGUGUACCUACACCAGUUUAUUUCCAUUCACUCCCUAAAUAAACUUUCAACCCUAUUAAGACCUAGUUUCUUGUUUUCCUACUGGACAUCCACACUUGGGUUGCUCUUUGUGCUUUCAUUCCCUGCAUUUUCUCAAUCCAGAAUUGCCCUUUGCUUUCUGUACUGUUUGCUUUAAAUUCUGCCUGUCCCUUGUCUUUGUUAAUCUCUGCCAUUCAACUUGACACUUUAUUAUCUCUUACAUUAUUCAGUAUCUCAGUUGGUAGUCUUAUUGACCAGCUUAUAAACUCAUCGAAACUGUAUCUUAUACAUCAACUCAGGACAUCAUAGGUGUCAAGCAAAUAUAUGUAGAUUAAUCCUAAAUUUCCAUCCUAGAAAUUUAGAAAAUUGGAACUGGUUGAUAACUUUUAAAACAAGGAGGAUAAAACUGCUGGAGCAGAGAUGGUGAUGGUGGUGUAGGUGUUUUGAGGCUUUUAUCCUGUUCUUCUGUAACCUGUCACCAUGACCCUGACAAAAGGUUCCUUCACCUACUCCAGUGGGGAGGAAUACCGUGGCGAGUGGAAGGAGGGCCGCAGACAUGGUUUUGGUCAACUGAUGUUUGCAGACGGUGGCACCUACCUGGGUCAUUUUGAGAAUGGGCUCUUUAAUGGCUUCGGGGUACUGACCUUCUCGGAUGGGUCAAGGUAUGAGGGGGAGUUUGCCCAGGGAAAAUUUAAUGGUGUUGGAGUCUUCAUUCGACAUGACAACAUGACCUUUGAGGGGGAAUUUAAAAAUGGCAGAGUAGAUGGUUUUGGCCUGCUGACUUUCCCUGACGGUUCUCAUGGAAUACCCCGCAAUGAAGGUCUGUUUGAGAACAACAAGCUGCUGCGGCAUGAGAAGUGUUCCGUGGUCGUUCAGCGGGCUCAGAGCGCAUCCAAGUCAGCCAGAAAUCUCACUGCGUGACAGGGGCUUUGUGCGCCAGCUGACAAGUACUGGGUGAAGCAAAUAUCCCGUUAUUCUCUUGAGGUAAACAAACGAACCAGAUGUGAGAGGCGCUGAGAAUGACUGUGGAGCAGAAGCCUGGAGAUGUGCCCCAUCAGCUGCCGGUCAGGGAUUCGAUCGCAGGGAGGUGCUGAGGAUUCCAGCCCUGGGCCGGGAGCAGUUGUUGCUGUUCAGUCUUUCCCCUUCCUGUGUGUUGAUACUCUGUUGCUGAUGCCUCGGGUACCCGCUGCAGACCCGCUGCUGCCUUCUACUUCAUUUUCUGCCAAGGGAUGCAGAGUGUCUUCAUUCGGCCUAUAUUUGGGGCAGGUGAUCCUUCCUCCUAAUUAGGGCCAGGGCUUUGUGCUACCCUAGAGAAACAAGGAAAAAGGGGUGGUGUAGACAGUACAGCAGUUGUGUGAAUGUCAAGGCCAGAACUUUCCUGUACAUUAUCUCCUUGUUCGCUGCUGGUUGGCGUCAUGGCUCCAGGUCGUCCACUUUGUCCAACCAGACUUGUGUUUGUGUCUGUGUAUUCCCCCUGUGAAGGAUUCAACAAGAGUGCUAUUUCCCUCUACUUUGACUUUAUAAGCUGCCUUCCUUACCUGAGUUCCAGCAGCUACUUUGUGCCCCAUUUGUGCCUCUUUCCUUACUUAGACAUGGGACAGGAUUCCUUUUUGUGAUAGUCAAGAAAGAAACAGAUGUAAACAGUCAUAUUAUAAGUUAUAUUUAUUACUUACUCCAGGGCAAAGGGCAGACAUCUCUGGGCCACUUCAAGCCCUACCACAGACUAAUUCAGUCUUUAGGGAUGGCUUGGGCUGACACGGCUCCUUCUCAGUGGACCAGUAGGUCAGGCCACCUCAACCCCUUGGGAUCUGGGUAGAAUUGGACCUAUUGUAGGACUGCAGUGAACUGAAAGAGCAUUUGGCUCCUUGCAUGUGGCUCACCAUAAUCUUCUACCAUGAGCUUGGCCAUCAGCCCUGGGGAUCAGAUCUUGACUUAUAACAUCACAGAUGCAUCCAGUUACCCUGUGACCCAGCACAUCCCACCCCACCCCCAGCCUCUUGCCUCACACUGAAUGUCUCCUUAACAGCAGACUGUGGUGGAAAUUAUAUCUGUGUGCCUCUAUUUAUUCUCUGAAUUGUACUGUAGAAACAGGUGUUGAUGAGGAAUAAACAAAUCACCAGAACUGCUUAUCCUGAGUUUUCUUGAUUUCCUUGCUCCAUGUUCUCAUGAAUGUUAACCCAUUUGCUCUUUCUAAAAGCUAGUUGUAGAUGGGGCUUGGAACUGACACUGCCCACCUUACUUCAUAAUAUCUAAUAUUUGCAAGAUAGGAGCUUUUUUUUGCAACCAGAGAGCCUCAGGUUGCCCAGACUAGGAAGCAGCAGAGCUGGGUGGGAUCUGUACCCGAGUCUUUCUGAUUCCCAAGCACUUCACACUGUGUUCUCUCACCCUGAGCACUCCUAAGUCCUGAGACCAGCUAGUGUCACACCUAUAGGGUUAUCUCGGGCAAGUCAUCUCCUGCCUGGGUUUCCCUUUCUCUGCAACAAGUCGAGUAAUACUUCCCUGACUGAGUGAACACCUGACACUCACCUGCCCUCCUACCCCCUUCACAUGCAGGAUCUAAUAAAGCUCUGAGAAGAGAGUACUAUUAUUAUCCUCAUAUUAACAGAUGAACUCAGGCAGUUCAGUAGCUUCCCAAGGUCCCACAGACACUAAAGGGCAGAGCUAAGACAUAACCCAGGCCUAUUUAAACCCAGAGGCUGAGCACUUCACCAGUACACUAGCCUCCAAAGCCCAAACUUUUUGUACCAUCCCUAAACCUGAUUCUCCUCUGAGCUCACAUCCUACCUGUGAGAAUAGCCCAGGUGCUAAGCCCCAAGCUUCAGGGCCAUUCAGAUGCCCAGUUUCAGCUGAAGAUUGAGACCUUUUGUAUUCUCUCCUAAUCAUGGACCUGGUUACCUUUCUUUUUAGUCAGAGUAAUGAAAAAAUAUAUAUAUCUCAGGCUUUCUGCUACUAGUCAGACAUCACUGAAUAAGGCUAAAAUUUUUUUAGAAAUCAGCCUUUUUGAUUAAUGUACAAAGCAUUUCCAAAUAUCCCAGUUGGACCUUUUGCCUCUCCCACUCAACACUUCAAUAAACCUUGUCCUAAACCGCCAUUAAUCUGAUACCUAUGUUUGCUCAGUGUUAGGGACUCUCUCAGCCAGGAGAAUAC